CUCAUAAGUCACAAGGGGUUAACAGUGAUUUUGAGAAUGCUCUGAUAAAUCCCACAGAAUCCCCAAUUCAGAUUUCCACGAUCCAAACAGUUUUUGACAAGAUUUGAAAUAGUCAAAUACGCAAGAAUCUCUAGAUCUGCUGCAGAAGAAGAUGGUUUGGGGCUGCUAAUCAGGUUUCGAAUUUUCUAGAACAGGGAAAACUGGGACGAAUCGUCUCCUUGGUUUACUCAAUACUUUCUCUACACUUUUAAUCAACUAGAAGAACUAGGACAAUGAGAUGAGAGGGAAUUUCAAAUCUUGAAGGAAACAUGAUAACGAGUAAUGGGUCAUUGGAUCUCUAAGACGAUCAAGUAAUGUGUCAUUACAAUCUCCAUUAACAACAGAAUUUGAUCAAUCAACGCCACCGGUUACUUACAGGAAGACCUCAAAUUAUGUUUAUCGGUAAAGAGAAGGAUGAGAUGUUCAUGUGGAUCUUCAAAUUCGCAGCUCGAAAGAAGCUUGGAAUGCUGCUCCUGUGUUUUGUUUCAAUAGCAGUCGUGUUGUGGAUACUUUAUGUCGGCAAGGGUGAGGUUACUCAAGAAUUAGGCUCUGUGAGGAGCUUAGGGUUCAUAAACAUAUCAACUGUAGGAUUUUCUGGACAUUCUUCACCUAAUGAUGAAAUAAAGAUUACCAUUUAUAAUGAUAAAAAAAUUACAAGUCAAUCUCCUCCACCUCCUAUUUAUAAUACCGGAUAUACCCUUCUUCCUGGGAACCCUUGUGAGACCUUUACAUUGCCUCCACCACCAGCUGAUAAAAAAAGAAUUGGGCCACGUCCAUGUCCUGUGUGUUAUCUUCCUGUGGAAGAAGCAAUUAAUUUGAUGCCAAAAGCUCCUUCAUUUUCUCCUAUUCUCCAAAAUCUGACUUACAUUCAUGAAGAGAAUUCAACUAAAAGUGAGUUUGGAGGCUCGGUUUUUGGUGGGUAUCCUUCUUUAAAGCAGAGGCUUGAAUCUUAUGAUGUUAAAGAGUCGAUGAAGAUUCAUUGUGGAUUUGUCAGAGGAGAUAAACCAGGACACAAUACAGGAUUUGACAUCAAUGAUUCAGAUCUUUUUGAGAUGAAUCAAUGUCAAGGAGUUCUUGUUGCAUCUGCAAUAUUUGGAGCAUAUGAUUUGAUUCAACAACCAAAGAACAUCAGUGAAGCUUCAAAGAAAAACGUUUGCUUUUUCAUGUUUAUCGAUGAACAAACACAAAAAUUUCUUAAAAAUUCAAAUGAUUUAAAUGAUAACAACAACAAGAAAAUAGGGUUAUGGAAAAUCAUUGUUGUCCAUAAUCUACCAUAUACAGACCCCAGACGAAAUGGAAAGAUACCAAAGCUUCUACUACAUAGGCUUUUCCCAAAUGUUAGGUAUUCAUUAUGGGUGGAUGCAAAACUUGAGCUUGUUGUGGAUCCUUAUCAAAUUCUCGAAAGGUUUUUGUGGAGGAAAAAUACGAGUUUUGCAAUAUCUAGACAUUAUAAACGGUUUGAUGUGUUUGUAGAAGCUGAAGCUAAUAAAGCAGCUGCAAAAUAUGACAACGCCUCCAUUGACUUUCAAGUUGACUUUUAUAAAACCGAGGGUUUGACCCCAUAUUCUGAGUCAAAGCUUCCGAUUACAAGUGAUGUUCCUGAAGGAUGUGUGGUAAUACGAGAACAUAUUCCAAUUUCAAAUCUUUUCACAUGUUUAUGGUUUAAUGAAGUUGAUCGAUUCACUUCGAGAGAUCAAAUUAGUUUUUCUACUGUAAGAGAUAAAAUCAUGUUCAACACAAAUUGGACUCUUUAUAUGUUCUUGGAUUGUGAAAGGCGAAACUUUGUUGUUCAGGGAUACCACCGAGACAUUUUGGAACAUUGGGCACCACCACCCCCUCCAACUUUUCAACUUGCUGUUUCUAGUCCCUCACCUUCUCCCAUCCCCUUUGAUGAAACACCCAAACAAAUUGUUACUAGACUCCGUAGAGAUAGAAAAUCAAGACGCCACCGGCCCGCGAAAAUCCGUGGAAGAGGAAUGUUGUUCAAAAAAGAGAAAGAAGGUGAUCACGCUUGAGCAUGCAAGGGUGUGCUUGUUUGAGUUGUAAGUUGUGUAAUGGUCAUGGGGUUUGAGCUUAAUGCUUUAUGGAUGUGUGGACCCCACACGUGCUAAAAUGGCAAUAUGAACUUUUGGGAGAUGGUGUUACAUAAAGUGUGAUGCAUAGUUAAAAAAUAGUGUUAAGAAAUUUUGUUACAAAAAGGUUAAUGUUAGGAUCAAACUUUAGAUUUGAUGAUGUUUAGAAAUCAUAUAGGUAAGCUGCCAUGAGUAGUCAGCUUCUUUUUCCCUUAUGAAUGUGUAGUCUUGUUUAAUAAAAGUGGUUGAAUGUGUAAUGAUGUCAAAGUGUUGUAUAAAUAAAUAAUGUUCUUUUUUAGACUAAAUUAACAUAGAGUACAAAAUUGAAAAUAUAAUACUAGAUUAAUUAAUAACCUCGAUAAAAUUAAUAAUUUAUCCGGUUGUAGCUUGAGACCAAUACAAAAUUCGAUCCCAAUUGAUAAAAUAAUAAAAUAAUAAUUUUUUUGAGAUUCCAAUGUAAAUAUAUUGGCUCUAGCGAA